UUAUGUCCUCUUCUCCACCCCCCCAGGGUGUCCUCAGAGGUUUAACAGAUUCAUGGAGAAGACGCUGACAAUAGGUCUGACUCUUUUCUUGGCACUCUGUCUGCACAUACCAGAAGCUGGGGGGCGAAAGGAGGGAGCCCAUGGCGAGAACACUGGGAAACGUUCAUCACGUUCUUCAGAUACAAAAGCAGGCCGUUGCUCCUACACCUUCAUUGUUCCACAGCAAAAACUGUCUGGAGCGCUGUGUUUGAACACGCAGUCUGCUACUACCAACCACUCCGAGGUGGCAGCGCUGCGGACAGAGCUCAAACGACAGCAGGAACAAAUGGAGAAGCUUCAGAGCCAACUGGAGCAGGAGGGGUCCCUUGCCAUGGAGGUAAGAGCCCUACGCAAGGAAAGUAACAGCAUGAAUUCUCGCAUUGCCCAGCUCUAUGCCCAGCUGCUGCAUGAAGUCAUGCACAAGAAAGACCAGGCUUCAGAGCAGCGAAGGGUAGAGAGCCUCCUCCUGAAUGCUACAACGCAGGCGCUGCAGGUGUCCAGUAAUUACAGGGAGCUGGAGAAGAAAUACGGAGCCCUCACCUCCAUGAUGAGCUCUCAGAACCAGUUUAUUGCACGUCUGGAGAAGCAGUGUCAGUGCAGGGACUCCACCCAGUCCUCUCUGGUGGCGACUGAACCACCAAAAAGACAGUCUAAUGUGCAUCCUAAUUAUAGCUCUGAAGCCAAUGAAAUGACAAAUGAUGUUCAAAGGGACCAAAGUGCUCCUCCACCACGGAGGGAAAAAACUGUGGGAGCUCAUUCCCUCCCCUCCACUACAGCCAACACUCCUACGGAGCCUCCUUUCAUUAGUUUCCCUGUCACAAAGACUCCAGGACCUUGGCGGGACUGCCAGCAUGUCCUGGAAUCAGGAGAGACCACCAGUGGAAUCUAUCUACUCCGCCCUCAGAGUGCCAACAGACUCCUGCAGGCCUGGUGUGAGCAGAGUCGGGCUCAGGGAGGGUGGACAGUCAUCCAGAGGAGACAGGAUGGGUCAGUCAACUUCUUCAGGACUUGGGAGCAGUAUAAGCAAGGCUUUGGGAACUUAGAUGGAGAGUAUUGGCUCGGCCUGGAACACCUUUACUGGCUGACUAAACAAGCCCAAUAUAAGCUACGGGUGGCUCUGGAGGACUGGCAGGGCCGGCAGGUGUUUGCUGAGUAUGACAGCUUCCACCUGGAACCAGAGAGCGACUGGUAUCGACUGCGGUUAGGACAAUACAGCGGCAACGCGGGGGACUCCCUCUCAUGGCACAACAACAAGGCUUUCACCACUCUGGAUCGGGACAAGGAUGGCUACACAGGUAACUGUGCUCAUUACCAGAAAGGAGGCUGGUGGUACCACAUGUGCGCCCACUCCAAUCUGAACGGUGUGUGGUAUCGGGGUGGACACUAUCGCAGCCGCUACCAGGAUGGAGUCUACUGGGCAGAGUUCCAUGGAGGCUCCUACUCUCUCAAACGAGUUUCCAUGAUGAUCAAACCCACAUAA